AUGUCACAUGUCCAUAUACUGCAGCCUCAUAUUUCUGUCCCUAGAAGCAGUCCACAAGUACAAGUAAGUGAAGCAUACGGAGCACCUCUGUCGAGCAGAGGAGUACCAUAUCAGCUGUCUCCAUACCCCAAUUAUGGCCUGCCCCUGAACGGUAUGAGCCAAUUGAAGGGCCCCGAGAGAGUGGGUCCACCCUCGAAUAGAGCAUUGCAACCCAAUGGUACAUUGCAAUCAAAUGGGACAUUGCAACCCAAUGGGACAUUGCAACCAAAUGGGACAUUGCAUCAAUAUGGCGCAUCGCAAGGACCGUAUGGAGUACCAUAUGGUGCUCCUCAUGGGAAUCAGCAAACGGGAAAUUAUUACAGCGGACCUCAAAAUUAUGGAACAAAUCAGCAAUAUGUCACGGGCCUGUCACACUUGCAGCCUCAUGGCCACACAAAUAGUCAUCAUUAUGGUCAUUCUUCACAUGGAAAUGGCCAUCACAGUCAUCACAGUCAGACUACACAUGGCAAUGGCCAUAUUUCCAAGACACAGUGGAUGAGGGACAAUGGAGUCUGCGGUCUCAAGAAUUUGGGCUCAUCCUGUUAUAUCAACCUGACGAUUCAAGUGUUGGUAGGCGUGGAUCGUUUCAAUAGUCUCUUUUACCGUCAUGCUAACGAGUGGCUAACGUCACGAAUGCGCUCGCUGUUAGCAGAAGCAAUGGUAAACUUGGUGGCGACAUUCAACAUUAACGGGGGUUCUAAUAUCGCGCCAACGAAGUUCUUGAAGGUGUUGGCGCGGCUCAAACCCGACUUCAACAUUCCCAACGAGCAGCAAGAUGCACAGGAGUUGUUAUUGUUUCUCUUGGACAGGCUCCAUGAGGAUUUGGCCACAAAACCUGUUCUGUCUGACGUGGACUAUAUUGCGCUUUGGGAUAUAGACGUGGAGCCCAGAGACCGAGAAGAAUACUUGACAUGGUACCGUGGACUUAUCAAGUAUCAAGGGGAAUCGCCAGUCAACGAUAUGUGCCAGGGCCACGUGCAGAGCAGGCUUAUCUGUAAUCGAUGUGGCCACCGUUCGGUCAGCUACAGUCCAUUCACGAUUUUGUCACUUCCUAUUCCGCACACAAACAACAACGGAGUCGAUCUCACGGAUUGCUUGCGUUAUUAUACCCAGGACGAGGUCCUUAGUGGAGAAAACGCUUGGAAGUGUCCCAAGUGUGACAAAUCGCUGGAUGCCACUAAGGAAAGCCCAAUGGACGCUGUUUUCCAGCAGAAGAAGGGUAUGUUCCGCUUCAGCAAGCGCAGCAAGUCGCCGUCUAAAAAGACAUCUACAUCGCCACAGCCGCCGGCCACCAGCAUUACCAUCAAGCAGUUGAGUUUCAUCAAAUUGCCGCCUGUUUUGUUUAUUCAUUUAUCCCGUUUUUCGUUCAACUUGACAGAUAAAGUUGACACGGACAUUGCAUACCCAAUGCGGCUCCAGUUCAACCACCAUGAACAUGAAAUUACGUACAAUCUCCGUGGGUUCAUCAACCACUAUGGUACGCUCAAGAGCGGCCACUAUACGAGUCUCGUGAAGAAAAACACGGGAGUCGGCGCAGAUGGUCAUUCUCGCUCGGUAUGGUGCUCUUUUGACGACGACCAUGUGGGCAUCAAUGUGACGCACGGCGAUGGCCACAACAAGGUCCACUCGAGGGACGUCUAUGUGCUUUGCUACGAGCGUGUGUAA